AUUCAGAAAGCCACCAUAGCAAUAGAUCAGCUACAAGGUCGCUUACCAGAAAGCUCAGUGGAAAAGGCAUCCAAGACAGAGCUCCUGGAACUCCUGGACUACCACAGCAAUUUCCUUCUGGAGGUGGAGCACCAGCUGUCAUCUUUGGGCCUGCUCAAACAGCAUGCUGUCAGCAUGCUUCAGGAUGUGGAAAUACAGCCUCCAUCUCAGGAGGAACUACCAGUCAUGCAAGAAAUCAAAGCAAUGCAAGAUCGAUGCCACAAUAUGCAACAGAAAGUGAAAAAAGGUGUGAAGAUGGUGAAACAGGAGCUGAAGGAGCGUGAGGAGGUUGAAGCAGAGAUUAAUACUGUGAAGUCCUGGAUCCAGGAAACAAAAGAAUAUUUAUUAAGCCCUGAUGUAGAAGUGGAUACUCAGCUUCAGGAGUUGCAGUCUCUCCUUGGUGAAGUAACUACUCAUCGCCAGGCUGUUGAAAAAAUGGCUGAACAACAACAGAAUAAGUACUUGGGGCUUUAUACCGUCUCUCUUCAUUUAGCAGAAGUUGGGCUGGCCCUUGUAACUGUACAAGAUCAGAUUCAAAGCAAAGAAAGAGAAACUCAGCGGAUCAAAACAUUGAAUCAAGAGUUUGGUCAGAAAAUCCAGGGGUUAGCAAAUGAACUAAAUGCCAUUCUUUCCAAACUGAAAAAGAAAACAAAUGAUAUAACACAGGCUAAACUUGAACAAAAGAUCCUUGGUGAAGAGUUGGACAGCUGCAAUAUAAAGCUGUUGGAAUUAGAUGCAUCAGUCCAGGACUUUGCAGAGCAGAACGUACUGCUGGCUAAGCAGCUGGCUAAUAGGAUAGGAAAACUCACUGCAUUGCACCAACAGACCAUACAGCAGGCUGAGUAUAGAGCAGCCAAGCUCAGUCAGGCUGCUUCACACUUGGAAGAAUACAAUGAGAUGCUGGAGUUCAUACUGAAAUGGAUUGAGAAAGCAAAUAUCCUAGUGCACGGUAGCAUAACAUGGAAUUCUUCCUCUCAGCUUCGUGAUCAGUUUAAAGCCUACCAGACUAUGCUUGAUGAGUCUGGAGAGAUUCACAGUGAUCUUGAGGCCAUGACUGAGAGGAUUGAGUAUCUGGCAAGUGUAUACUGUACUGAAGGAAUGUCACAGCAAGUGCUGGAACUGGGGCGGCGGACAGAGGAAUUACAGCAAGUUAUCAAAGUGCGGCUACCAAAUCUCCAAGAUGCUGCCAAGGACAUGAAGAAAUUUGAAGUUGAGCUCAGAGCCCUGCAGGCUGCUCUGGAGCAAGCUCAAGCCACACUGACCUCUCCAGAGCUUGGGCAUUUGACCUUGAAAGAGCAACUUUCUCACAGACAGGGACUUGAAGCCAAAUUUCAGAUUAUGGCAUUGAAGAGUCAUCUGUUGUCUGAAAUGGAGUCGCUGAAGCCAAAAGUUCACGCGGUACAAGUCUGUCAGAGUGCCCUCAGGAUUCCUGAAGAGGUGGUCACCGGCCUGCCAAUGUGCCACAGUGCCCUCCGGCUCCAGGAGGAGGCCAGCCGCCUGCAGCACACUGCCAUUCAGCAGUGCAACAUCAUGCAGGAAGCAGUGGUUCAGUAUGAGCAAUAUGAGCAAGAAAUGAAACAUUUACAGCAAAUGAUAGAGAGCGCCCAUCGUGAGAUCCAAGACAAGCCAAUAGCAACCAGCAACAUCCAGGAACUCCAGGUCCAGAUUUCUCAUCAUGAGGAGCUGGCUCAGAAGAUCAAAGGAUACCAGGAGCAAAUUGCUUCUUUGAAUUCGAAGUGCAAGAUGCUGACAAUGAAAGCAAAACAUGCCACCAUGCUGCUGACAGUGACAGAAGUGGAGGGGCUUUCAGAGGGAAUGGAGGAGCUGGAUUCAGACCUGCUCCCAGCACACCCAGCUCAUCCCUCAGUGGUUAUGGACAUUGCUUAUUACCAAGCCUUAUCUGCUGAACAGUUGGCCUUAUCUGCUGAACAGUUGCAGACUGAAGUGGCUAAAAUUCAACCCAGCACUUCAGCCACCCAGGAGUUCUAUGAACCAGGCCUAGAAUCAGCUGCUAGUGCCAAAUUGGAUGAUUUGCAACGUUCUUGGGAAACACUGAAAAAUGUGAUCAGUGAAAAGCAGCGUACCCUCUAUGAAGCUCUUGAGCGUCAACAGAAAUAUCAGGACACACUCCAGUCUCUGUCCACAAAAAUGGAGACCAUGGAGAUCAAACUAAAUGAGAGUCUGGAACCAGCCAAAAGCCCGGAGAGCCAGAUGGCUGAACAUCAGGCUUUGAUGGAUGAGAUUUUAAUGUUACAAGAAGAAAUCACUGAGCUUCAGGCAUCAUUAGCCCAGGAGCUGGUUUCAGAGCCACUGGAUUCAGAAGCUGCUGAUCAGCUGGCAUUGCAGUCCACUCUGACAGUCUUGGCAGAACGAAUGGCCACAAUUCGAAUGAAGGCAUCAGGAAAACGACAGCUAUUAGAGGAAAAACUGAAUGAGCAGCUGGAAGAACAGCGGCAAGAGCAAGCUCUUCAAAGGUACCGUUGUGAAGCUGAUGAGCUUGACCACUGGCUACUCAAUACCCGAGCAACACUAGACACUGCUCUGGUUACUGCUGAGGAACCUAUGGACAUGGAAGCACAGCUGGUAGACUGUCAGAACAUGCUGGUUGAAAUAGAGCAGAAGGUGGUAGCCUUGUCAGAGUUGUCUGUGCACAACGAAAACUUGCUUAUGGAAGGGAAGGCUCACACCAAGGACGAGGCAGAGCAGCUGGCUGUGAAGCUCAGGACGCUGAAGGGCAGCCUUCUGGAGCUGCAGAGAGUGCUCUACGACAAACAGAUCAACAUUAGGGUUAAACUAGCAUGUGGAGAACCGAAUACAUACAAGAAACCCAACCAU